AUGAUUCCCUCGACAUUCUUCACCUUUUCCACUCUCCUCUUCCUCCUUGCCAGCGCGUGGCCACAACCACAGAUCUCCAGGACCCCAAUCACCGAAUGUUCUGCGCUUCCCAAAUACAACGACGGCAGCAAAAUCGCCGGACCGUGGACGCUCAAGGUCCACCGUUGCAGUGAUGCGACUGCAUCUCAGACCGGCUGCAAACUCGAAGGGCUCGAGGCAAGCUGCGAUGUGAGGAAAUCGGCCGAGGAUAAAGGCAUUCAACAGGGCGUGAUCACCAUUUCAAGCGGCACCGAACACGCCAAGGUCCAAAUACGCUGCAACGGCGCCCUUCAAACCCUCGAGGCGCGAGUUCCCUCGGGCGCUGGUGCCGGUGCUCGAGACUGGCACGCACUGGUCAUUGACGAAGCGGGCAAUUCGGGGGAGUUGGCGUGGGGACUGGGCUCAAAGAAAACCGGCCGCGUUCAGGUGUAUCGUCACACCCUCGACCACACUGCGCUCGACGGUCUUUUUCUUGGAUCCCACGACGAAACCAGCUGGGUCCUGAGCUCUUCUGGCUCCUAUGUCAGUAACGUGGACCACAUGCCUUACUGGUCUAUGCGCCUGUCGCCCCCGACGACGAAGAUCGCGUUGAACGAGUACCGGACUUUCAUCCGGAUCGAAUGA